GGCGUCUGACGGUUGCAUCCUUUGCUGUAGCAACGCAGCUGCUCCUCCAUCCCUUCCUGCCUCGCCUGCAUCUGACAACCCGGCUGCAGGAGCCUUUUGUGUCUCUGCGGGGGCCAUUGUUGUCUCUCCCCCUGUUUGGAACAAACGCAACACCAUGGACAUGAUGGGCAACAAAGAGCGGCGAGGCGUGAAUUUCAAAGGCUUGCUGAAGAGGAAUUGGCUACUGAUUGCCACGGUUUUAUCAGUGCUGCUCGGGAUCAGUUUGGGGGUCGUGGUCAGAGAGUAUGCGUCCCUCUCCAAUCUCGACAAGCAGUACUUCGGCUUCCCAGGGGAGAUCCUAAUGCGAAUGCUGAAGCUGGUCAUCCUCCCUCUUAUCAUUUCAAGCAUGAUAACAGGUGUUGCAGCCCUGGACUCUGAGGUAUCGGGAAAGAUCGGUCUGCGAGCCGUCAUCUAUUACUUCUCAACAACCAUCAUUGCAGUUAUCCUCGGAAUUAUUUUGGUGAUGACGAUCAAACCAGGAGUUUCCCAGACAGCUGAUCACAUUGACAGGGUCGGGACCACACCCAACGUCACCACGGUCGACACACUCCUGGACCUCAUCAGAAACAUGUUUCCAGAAAAUCUGGUGCAGGCUUGUUUUCAGCAGUACAAGACCAAACGCAAAGAGCUGGAACCUCCAAAAGUUUCACCUGACCCAACAAGUAUUCCACCUCUCACAACUACGGUCAUGGAGGCAGUAGAGAAUAUCACCAAGAACUAUAAAAUCAUUGGGGCAUAUUCGGACGGAAUCAACGUGUUGGGGCUUAUCGUGUUCUGUGUCGCCUUUGGCCUCGUCAUUGGGAAGAUGGGCGAAAAGGGGCGAAUCCUCCUGGAAUUUUUCGAUGCACUGAAUGAAGCAACUAUGAAAUUGGUCCACAUAAUUAUGUGCUACAUGCCAGUAGGGAUCCUGUUCCUAAUUGCUGCUAAGAUCAUUGAGGUGGAAGAUUGGGAGAUCUUCAGGAAGAUGGGUCUUUACAUGGUGACCGUGCUGAGUGGUCUAGCUAUCCACGCUCUCCUCUGUCUUCCCCUCAUCUACUUUGUCAUCGUGAGGAAGAACCCGUACACGUUCACACUGGGAAUGGCUCAGGCCCUGGUGACAGCGCUCAUGAUCUCCUCAAGCUCUGCCACUCUACCCGUCACCUUCCGAUGUGCCGAGGAGAACAAUCGCAUCGACAAGCGAAUCACGCGCUUCGUCCUCCCGGUGGGGGCCACCAUUAACAUGGACGGCACGGCGCUCUACGAGGCGGUGGCUGCCAUCUUCAUCGCCCAACUGAAUGACUAUGCUCUGGAUGUGGGCCAGAUCGUUACCAUCAGUAUCACAGCAACGGUUGCCAGUAUCGGAGCAGCAGGAGUCCCUAACGCUGGCCUUGUCACCAUGGUGAUAGUCUUAACAGCUGUAGGUUUACCCGCAAGUGAUGUCACACUGAUUGUGGCUGUGGAUUGGCUCCUGGAUCGGUUCCGUACUAUGAUCAACGUGCUGGGUGACGCUUACGGGGCCGGUAUCGUCCAGAAACUAUCCAAGAGGGAACUGGAGAGGAUGGAUCUGUCAUCAGACGUGGAUGUCGCUAACCCCUUUGCUCUGGAAGCCACUCUGGAUGACGAAGAGUGCGAGAAGAAAUCCUACGUGAACGGAGGCUUCACAGUCGACAAGACAGAUGCAAUCUCCUUCACUGAAACCUCCCAGUUUUAGCCUCUGGCUGGCUCAGGGGGCCAGAGAGAGUGGCAUGCUGCACGGGAUGUAAAGCAGAGAGCUUUCCAUCAUGUAUCAGCACCAUGACGCGAGAGGAAAACGAUCCAGCCAGACCCAUCCAAGCUCAGACAUCAGCAAUAGCAGCCUCCAUUAAGAUUAUCUGAGAGGAUCACCCUUCACGUUGGGCAACCAUGACUAGAUUAAAGUGCUUCCCUCUAACUCAAAGUGUGCCAAGAUUAAGAAAAGUCAGUCUUCUUUUGAACAAGUGUCUCCUUCAUACAAAGAUGCACUUACAGUGUGUGUGUGUGUGUGUGUGUGUGUGUGAAUGUUUGUGUGUGUGCAUGAGGAUGUAUCUGAGGUGUGUGUAUUACAACAAAUAUAUAAAAUUCAUUCAUGUACUUUUUUGCUCCUUGAUCAGACAUGAAUUGUCUAAAAUGUCUGAAUGAUCUUCGCGUGCCUAUUGUGAAAUGUCUAUUACCCAUGAUGCACUGCUUGUAUAGCUAUCUGUAUAUUUAAACUGUGCCAAACAUAUAAAGAGUUUUUACAUCGAGUUGCAUGAGGCAAUAUGUUAAGAAAUGGGGGUGGCUGGUGCGGACUGGUUUUUUUAUGGAGACUUCACAGAGACUGGAGAUGGUCAACAAAAGGCUUAUGAAGUCAAUGAACACUGUGAAACUUUUUAUUUCAGAACCAAAUCGCUAAAGUAUGUUGAUUAAUUACAAAAUAUAAUAAUAAUAAAUAUUGUAUUCAGGCAUUGGGGGGGAAACCUAUUGGAUACAGCUGAUUGUAACCAGACAUUUUUCUUUGUCAGCUCAUGGAUUUAUAUGUCAUUAAUCCGAUUGGCAAAGUUUGUCAUUCUAUGUUCCUUUAGAAAAUGUCGCUACUUCAUUUUGACAAAGUUGUGGGACUGAAAUAUGUUCAGAUGCUACAGCAGCUCUGCUAUCACAUAGAUGCAUGACAAGCUUUCAUCUGUCAAACAAAAUGUAGAUGGUUAUAAACAUUUUUGGUGAAUCAAGAGCAAAACCUUUGUGUACAUUUGAUCAGCUAAGGAAUAGGUUGACAACAUAACUUUUUUUUUUUUUGCCCCAGAGUGAGCCGGGAUGAUCAGUAGCACUCUCAUGUCUGUACAUUAAGUACAGACAGCGACAGACGACAAAAGAGAGACUAACAAAAACAACUAACGAGGGUUGGUAACUGCAGAGGGUGUAUGGGGGUGAAACUAUGUUGGAAGAAUAAGAUUUAGAUAUUGUGCUGACCAUUAUAACAUUAUAUUUCAACUGGAAUUCUGUCAAUAUUUAACUUUUUGAACAGGGGCAUGUUUGACAUGUUUAGAGAGCCAGUGGUUUAAAGUCUCUAAUACCAUGCUGGCUGUAUGACACACAUCUCUAAAAAGCCAGUAGCAUUCUUGAACACAUUGUUCAACAACAACAUAUCAAGCCAGUUGUGUUGUCACGUUUACACAAGUGCACGGUUUAAUGCUCCCGACAGUUUCAACUGACACGGUGACUUCAAACAUACAUAGAAGAGAGAAGUAUUAUCUUACUGUAUCCAUAAGAUAAAUAAGCAUAGCAUUAGUUCAAGAGUUGUGAAACCUUGCGAGUGUGCACUAGAAGUACAACAUGUGGACAAAAGAGUAUUUAUGUCAUAAUGACCAUAUGGAAGUACUCCCAGGUCCUGGUCUUGUUGUCCUGAAAUAAUUACAUGGGGUUGUUGCCAAAAUGGCUGCCGGGUGGCAAGACUUUCUUAUCAGGAGUUUAGAAUGGAGGAUAUUUCCCGAAUUGUAUUCCAAAAAUGGCAAAUUAGUGAACCAAGUCCCACGGUCUCGGAAACUCAAACCUUGUCUGUUUUCAGAAGAUAAGAGAUAAAAUGAUGGAGUUUGAGGUUUACUGUGAUUCCACAUGACUAGAACCUUAGAACCUACUCCGGCAUUCAUGUUUCGAAAAGGUCCAAAACAAUUUUGUGCAAAAUCCAUUACUAUUACUUAAUCCCAGUUUGUCCCUACUCUGCCAAAGGGGCCACAUUUGAAAUGAAACAUGGGUGAACGAAGAUGUUUACUUGUCUUAACACUGAUCGGAGAUGAAGCGUGUAUAAACGUUGCAAGUCAGGUUGGGUCAUAUUUUUCAAAAGCACACUAUGAUGGCAACAACAUAACCCGUGUCGAUACAAACAACUACUUGAUUACCUACAGUAUGUGAAACAACAUGCACUACACAAUGACUAACUGCAAGCUAA